AGAUGCUUACUGAGUAAGGUGGGAUCCAACAAGAGUGUAGUACAGAAUGCAGUAAUUUAUUAAUUACUUUUUUCUAAGGUAGCUCAACAGAACAACACUCAAUGAAGAAAGACAAAGGCUUACCUGUCUGGUACAUUUGUGAUUCUUGAUGAUUAAUUACUUGAAGAGUAAUAUGUUUGAAAUUCACCAGUUUUAGAAAUGGAAGAAGGUGAUGAACCUGAUCAGCCUAUCUCAACAGGGAGACAAGAAAUUCGAAAGAGAAGACGACCCAGCCAACCAAUGGUAGACAAAUCCCAGCAGACUGAAGUGACAGAGAAAAAGAAACACUUGCCUAUAUCACAAUCAUCUGGCCCUAAAGCUACCCUUAGUAUUGGUAAUAUUCCUGGAAGCAAAGUCAACUAUGAGUCUCUCAGAGUAUCUUCUCAACUUCAGCAAACUUGGACAAAGAGAAAGCGUGUACAGGAUAUGACUGAUAAAUCUCUGCAAACAGACACUACUGUAGAAGAGAAAAAAGAAGAAAUCAUGUCAAUUAGUGAAACAGUGAUACCUGAAGAAAAGCUAGCUGCUGUUGAAGAAGCAGUCCCUGACUUUCCAGAGAGUGUUCAGGAAGUAGAAAUUCCACCAAGCAGACAUUCAGUUCAAUUCAAAAUAGAUAGAUCUCAGCAGACUAGUUGUACUGGAGACUGGACAAUGAUGAACAUUCCUCAAAAAGUGGACAAGGAACAGCAGACGUACUUUAGUGAAACAGAAAUAAUGGUUAUUGGCAGGCCAGAUAGCUCUUUUUCAAAGUCAAAUGAAGUUGUGCAGAAACGUAAAUCCUCAGGGAAGUUUUUCAUUAGUGAACAUCCUGAAUUGCAACCCUCAACAAGUAAAGAUGAAGCAAUUGGGCAGAUACAUAGCAGAUUUCUAUUUGGUCAACAAAGCAAAAAAGGUUCUUUGGAACUUUCAGAAGAUGAGCAGUAUGUUCUAGGUGAAGUACAGCCUCCCACUGCAGAAGAGAUCUCUGCUGAAGUGCAACCUCUGCCAGCUGAGGAGACUACUACAGAAAACUCCCCAACUGUACUUCAGCCUCCACCAACUGAAGAGGCUCCUGCAGAAGAGGCCCCUGCUAAAGUAGAGCCCACACUGGGUGAAGAGGCUCUUUCAGAAGGGCCUCCUGAUGAAGUUCAGUCUCCAAAAGUUGAAGAAGCUUCUAUUGAAGUACAGCUUUCCCCAGCUGAGGAGACUCCUGCAGAAGAGGCCCCUGCUAAAGUAGAGUCUAUCCCUGCUGAAAAGGCUUUUUCAGAAGAGGCUUAUGCUGAAGUUCAGCCUCUAUCAGCUGAAGAGCCUCCUACACAAGAGGCCCCAGAACUUCAGCUUUCACCAGCUGUGGAGGCCCCUGCAGAAGAGGCCCCAGCUGAAGUUCAGUCUUCACCAGCUGAGGAGGCCUUUUCUGAAGAGGCCCCAGCUGAAGUUCAGCCUCCACCAGCUGAGACAUCUCCGGUAGUUCAGUCUCCACCAACUGAGGAGGCCCCUGCAGAAGAGGCCUCAACUGAAGUUCGGCCUCCACCAGCUGAGACGUCUCUUGAAGUUCAGUCUCCACCAGCUGAGGAGGCCCCUGCAGAAGAGGCCUCAACUGAAGUUCAGCCUCCACCAGCUGAGACAUCUCCUGAAGUUCAGUCUCCACCAGCUGAGGAGACCCCGGCAGAAGAGGUCCCAACUGAAGUUCAGCUUCCACCAGCUGAGACAUCUCCUGAAGUUCAGUCUUCACCAGCUGAGGAGGCUCCUGCAGAAAAGGCCCAAGGUGAAGUUUGGUCUCCACCAGCUGAUGAGGGCCCUGAAGAAGAGGCUCCAGAUGAAAUUUGGUCUUUACCAGCUGAGGAGGCUCCUGCAGAAAAGGCUCCAGAUGAAGUACAGUUUCCACCAGCUGAGGAGGCUCCUGCAGAAGAGGCUCCAGCUGAAGUACAGUUUCCACCAGCUGAGGAGGCUUCUGCAGGAGAGGCCCCAGAUGAAGUUUGGUAUCUACCAGCUGAGGCAGGCCCUGCAGAAGAGGCCUCAGCUGAAAUUUGGUCUCCACCGAUUGAGGAGGCCUCAGCUGAAAUUUGGUCUCCACCAGCGGAGGAGGUCCCUAAAGAAGAUACCCCAGCUGAAGUUUGGUCUGCACCAGCUGGAGGAGUCCUCAUUGAACUUCAUCCAUCAGAUGAAGAAACUACUUUAGAAAUGGUCCCUGUUGACAAAUAGUUUCCAGUGGCUGAAGAGGACUUUAUUACACAAAUCUCUAUAGAAGAUGUCCUUGCUAAAGUUCAGCCUCCACCAUCUGAACACAUUGCUGUAAAUGAGGCUUUGGUAGACCAUAUGUCUACUGAAUAUCAAUAUCUCCAGACAACAGAUGUCCCAGUGGUAAAAUUAGAAUCACUGGUUUUGGAAGAUCAGCAAAAACUUGAAGAGCCUUUAGAACUGGAUCCUGCCCCUGAAGAUUUGUCUAAUAUCAAGAAAGAACAGGUCCCGGCCUUCAAAGUGGAGGGUGUCUUUCAUAUAGAAAUAAAAUAGAGGCCUCUUCCUCAGCUGUAAUCAGGUCUUAACUAAGUUAGCAAUCAGAAGCUAGGGGACAUAAACACUUUAGAAAAGUGUAGGCAUUU